CCCACCGCAACCAUGCCUCCUACCAAAUUACAGAAAGUCGCCAAGGCUGCCAACACUGAAGACGGAUCCCAAGGCUUCGUUGAGAAGCAGAACGAGUUGUUCAAAGUAGUCAAGGCCCGCCAGGAGGAGGCGCGCACGAGGAUCUGCAAAAGUCGUGCCAACAGGAACAAGGACUUGCACGCGCGCAUCAAAGCCUUGAAGUGUGAUCCGACAACCAAACAGCCCGGGAGCAACGCCGACGCGCCAAGUUCUGACCACACGGCCUUCGGCACCCUUCGAGACCUGCUCGCUCGCAAGACCGACCUUGAGCGACGCAUCACUGAACGCAUCGAUGGCCUGGAAAAGACCAUGCGCAUCGCUUCCUCCGAACUCCAGAUUGUUCUCAAGUCCCGCUCCGAGCUUGUUGCGACUGCGAUUGCGACCGUGCCUGCCAAAGCGAGCGCUGCAACUGCAGAUUCCCACGUCCUCAUCGUGAAACAGUGA